AUGGCGGGAUAUGAAGGCUCUCCUUAUAAGCAGGAUGAUGUAGCUGUCGGGCCGUCUGUCGGUGGCUCAAAGCAGCAGUUCGACGUUCCCGUCAACAAAAUCAAACGCGGGUUGCGCAAGACGACUUUGUGGCACAUUUCUGUUUCUUUGGUUUCCUCUAUAUUCAUUUUUCUUAUUUUUCAAUGCGCGCUGCAGCUUAAAAGCACGAGGGAACAGAGAGGUACAGCAAGAAGGCUUGCGGGACAGGCACCUUCCUGUACACCAGAUCAAGAUCAGACACAUGACGACGUUUCGGAAGGGCCUGCACAAGAGCACCCGGAGCCUGAGUUUCCUGAGCCACCAUCUCCACUGAUCGAAGUCUUGGGGGCAAGUGACGAUGAGAGCCCCCCAAGCCAUCGUCCAAGCGUAGACCUCCCAGGGCCUUCCGAUGUUUUUUCAGGGGUUGGUGCACCAGAACCCACCUAUGGCGACGACACGGAGGAGCCUCCACCGCCCUAUGAGAGUUCUUGGGACUCCGGAAAACAACAGAGAACAUCACUUGUAAAACCACCCGAAGGUUCAGAUAAUGAAGAAAGCUGGAUGGGGCAGACAUGGGGAGAGGAGCUGUACGGGGGUGGCAGACGGGGAGACUCAGAGGAAGAGGGAGGAGCCCGUCGUCCGGGGGGGAUGGUGGAGUGGCAGCAUGAAGAGACAUCGGGAAGUAGGCAACCCAGCAGUUCAUCAUCAUCAGCAACAGGUAGGUGGAGUUGGUUGCCAGGAGGUGAUAGUCGAAGACAGAGUGUCUGGGAUAAUUAUCCAUUCCAGUCAGGGGAUUCACUUGAACGGCGUCUUCAGCGCCUCUCAUUAUUGACUGCGAAGUUUCCGUCGUUGAGGCGGGGAAGUUCUCUAACAGGAGGAUCGGAGGAUGAAGCACCACCAAGACCUGCACAAUCCCCUACCCCUCGUAAGCCGUCAGUUAGCAACAAGCCUGGGCCAGGAUGGGCAGUAUGGGAAGUCGAGACCACUUCUGAAGAGCCUCCACAAGAAUCAGCCACUGGCGCACCUGAGGAAACCCCCGCACCAGAAACGAGCAGAGGAUCUACUGCUGCAGGGGAUGAAGGACAGGAGGACACUAAGGAAGGGGAGGAAGCAGGACAAGGAGCACCAGCAGAACAUUAUCCCUCUGACGCAUCACAAGCAGAAGAGCAUCCCUCACAAGCAUCACAAGCAGAAGAGCCUACGCCACAAACAACUGAAGCAGAACCAGAGGAAACACAUGCCGCACAAGCAAGACAACCGCAUCCCUCACACAAAGGAUGGGAAGAACCACAGAUCUCACGAGAAGGACAAGAAGAACCGCAUACCUCACAAGGAGCAGAGGCUCAUCAUCAUCAUCGUCGUCAUCAUCAUCACUAUACUUUGUCCGCUGCUAAGUUGAAGUCAGCAGCUGCAGCUAUGGGCAAAAAGCUUAAAGGUGUUUUCCGGCGUCAAUCAAAGCCGAAACAAGGUUGGGAAUUUCCGGAGAUCAGCUGCCCAGAG